UGAACCAUGGUGAACCUCACGCCCAACGCCGUGUCGAUGCUCUACAACAAGCAGACGCCCGACGGCUUCGAGCCGUGGCUGCAGAUCAUCGACACCAAGAAGAUCAAGCCCGCCAGCGGCACGGGCGGCGACCGAUACCGCAUUGUGCUCUCCGAUGGAACGUCCUACAUCAGCGGCAUGCUCGCGACGCAGCUGGCCCCGAUGAUGGAGAACGAGAGUCUCAAGACGAACUACGUGCUGCAACUUAAGGACUACUUGGGCAACGAAGUGCAGGGCCGCCGCAUCCUCAUCGUGCUGAGCAUCGGCGACAUUGUGCCGGCCUUUGACCGCAUCGGCAACCCGCAGAGCAUCGAGGGCUCCAAGGGAGCGCCAAUCCCCGCUGCCCCCGCGGCCUCUGCGCCGCCCGCGGCUUCCCUUGGCGCGAGGCCCGCUGCCCCUGUCCAGUCGUCCUUCCAGCAGCCUUCGGCCCCCGUGAACCAGUACAACCAGCCUCCCGCUGCCCCCUUGAGCUACGCGCCCCCGGCUAAGCCCGCUCCGUCGGCUUACAACCGAGGCCCUGUCGUGCGUCAAGACCCGAACGUCCGUCUAUCGGACAUCCAGAGCCUGAACCCGUACGCUGGCGGACGCUGGACCAUCAAGGCGCGCGUGACCAACCGCGCGCCCAUCAAGAACUGGACCAAUGCGCGCGGCUCCGGCAAGCUCUUCAGCGUAGACCUGCUCGACGCUCGGGGCGGCGAGAUCCGCGCCACGUUCUUCAACGACGGCGUGGACAAGUUCUACGAGACGCUGCGCCCGGGUGGCGUCUUCUACUUCGCCGGCGGAAAGGUGAAGAUGGCCAACCGCCGCUUCUCGUCGGUGGACAACGACUACGAGGUGACUUUCGACCAGCACUCGGACAUCUCCCCGGCCCCGGAGGACGGCCAGAUCUCCCAGAUGAACUACACGUUCAAGAAGAUCGCUGAGAUCGAGAGCGUGCCGGCUGAGGCCAACGUGGAUGUGAUCGGUAUUGUGCGCGAUGUGGGCCAGGUGAACGAAAUCACGUCCAAGGCUGGCAAGCAGCUCUUCAAGCGCGACAUUUCGCUCGUGGACGACUCGAACGCCGAGAUCAAGUGCACCAUGUGGAACGAACGCGCCAAGGAGGACUGCUCCAGCUGGCUGAACCAGGUCGUGGCCAUCAAGGGCUGCCGUGUUAGCGACUACAACGGCCGAUCCAUCGGCACGAUGAUGAGCUCGAGCUUCACUGUCAACCCGACGAUCCCUGAGGCUGGCCACCUCGUCAACUGGUUCUCUAACGGCGGCAAUGCGGCCCAGACCAAGUCUCUUAGCUCUGGCGGAGGCGGCUUCGGUGGUGGCUCGCUUGGCACUUUUGCCGAGCGUGCUGUGAUCAACGAUAUCAAGGGCAAGCAACUGGGCUUUGGCCAGAAGCCCGACUACAUCACAGUGAAGGGAACAGUGAACUUUAUCAAGCACGACACGGGCGUUUUCUACCAGGCCUGUCCCAAGUGCCAGAAGAAGGUUGUGGCCGAUGUGGCGCAGAAUUACACGUGCGAGAAGUGCCAGACGUCCUACAGUAAUUGCGAGAACCGCUACAUCCUGUCGGUGGUGAUGCUGGACCACACUGGCAGCACGUGGACGACGUGCUUCAACGACCAGGGCAAGGUGGUGAUGAACGGCCGCACUGCCGAUGAGAUUGGCGAGCUGCGCGACACGAACCCGACGCUCUAUGAGUCGACGUUCAAGGAAGCGCUGUUCAAGCAGUACGUGUGCCGGCUUCGCGUCAAGGCAGAGAACGUGCAGGAAGAGCUCCGUGUGAAGGCUGGCGUGGUGAACCUGGAGCCCGUCAACUUCGUGCAAGAGUCGAAGGACUUGCUCCAAGCUAUCGCGCAGUACAAUUAAUCAGCUACCGGUACAGUCCCCUGGGGGCACAGACAGCAAGAGCGAAUGCAAGUGUGAGCGAAGCCUCCAGGAGUUCAAGUAGCAGUUAGUUGGCAACAGGCACUGACUGUGGCACUAACUUUAUGAAUUCGUGUUUUACCGCCG